AUCAGUAUUAUCUAAUAUCUAUCUUCUCCUCAAUUGCCAUACGCAGUUCCACCCAAAAUCAAACCUCUCUUUGAAGUGAACCAUGUUCAUGUCCAUGGCAACCUCCACCUUUCUCUCCCAUUCAGCAUCUCUUACUCUCAGCUUCUCACACAAGUCACUUCAUUCUCCCUUUCUGUUUUCCUCUACAAACCCCUCUCUUCUCACUCUAAACAUGCUUCCAAAGAAAUUCAGCAAACCCAUUGAACUCAGAAGGCUUAUAGUAGCCAAAUCCAAUGGCAAUGACUCAGCUGAUGCUUCUGACCGUUUGAUUUCUGCUCUUUGCUACUUCUACCCUUUCUUUGAUGGUAUACAGUACGGGAAGUAUGUUAUCACUCAGUUCUACCCUCUUCAAGCUAUUGUUCAACCAUUGGUGCCUGCAAUACGAGUGUUCAAGAGCUUCCCCUUUAAUGGGUUUCUGGUAUUUUUGACCCUUUACUUUGUUAUUGUCAGAAACCCCAAUUUUAGUCGAUAUGUGAGGUUCAAUACAAUGCAAGCCAUUGUCCUUGAUGUGCUGUUGAUAUUCCCUGAUCUCUUGGAAAGAAGCUUUAAUCCCAGAGGUGGGUUGGGAUUGGAUUUGAUGAUGAGUUUGGACAGCACUGUGUUUUUGUUUCUGUUGGUGUGCUUGAUUUAUGGUUCUUCUUCCUGCUUGUUGGGUCAAAUCCCCAGAUUACCGAUUGUUGCUGAAGCAGCUGAUAGGCAAGUUCUUUGAAUUGAAUGCCCAUUGGUAAUUUACUUGUAUAGCAACUUCUUGUUCAACUUCAGCCUAGGUAGUGGAAAAGUUUACAUUUUCACUUCCUUAAUACCAAACCUAGAAAAUUCUGCGAAACGGAAUUUUUAUUUUGUUUCUUAAGUUUCUGUAUUCUUAUAUGACUUUCAAAUUCAGGGAUUUCUUAUCCUGGCUUUAGUUUUGAUGUAUUUGAGACAAUGAGAAACUUCCCUUGCUUCUUUGUUAAUUGAAUCCAGUGUUAUAUGUCUCUGGAUUUACUGAAUGG